AUGUCUCCUACUCUGAACGUUAAGGGCAGCGACUCUGCCGCGGCUCGCAUCCUGGGCUCUGGUACUUCAGGCGUUGCUGAGCUCAUGAUCUUCCACCCGGUGGACACCAUCGCGAAGCGGCUGAUGAGCAACAAGUCCAAGGUGUCGUUCUCCACGCUCUCUUCGAUCAUCUUCAGGGAACACGCCGCGGCCCCCCUGGGAAAGCGGCUCCUGUCGCUCUUUCCCGGGCUCGGAUAUGCUGCGGGCUACAAGGUCACGCAGCGGAUCUACAAGUACAGCGGGCAGCCGUGGUUCAGCGACAUCCUGUCGAGCAACUAUAAGUCGAACUUCACGAAUGCGUUUGGAGAACGGAAGGGGAAGAUGAUGUUGCAGGCAACGGCCGGAAGCUUGACGGGGAUCGGCGAAGUCGUCCUCCUUCCCCUGGAUGUGCUUAAGAUCAAACGCCAGGUCAACCCGGAAGCCUUCCGCGGACGAGGCGUAAUCCGGAUCUUCCUCGAGGAAGGUACAAAUCUCUACCGCGGCUGGGGGUGGACGAUGGCGCGGAAUGCCCCGGGUAGCUUUGCACUCUUCGGCGCGUCAGCGGUGACAAAGGACUACCUCUUCGGCGUCACUGACUACUCCAAGGCAACAUGGACUCAGAACUUCGUUGCAUCCAUCGCGGGCGCGGUCGCAUCGAUCAGUAUCGCCGCUCCGCUCGACACGAUCAAGACGCGCAUCCAGAACGCAAACUUUGAGCACAAGGUCAGCGGCGUGACGGUCGUGCGCGACCUGCUCCGAGACGAGGGCCCGAUGGCGCUAUUCAAGGGUCUCACACCCAAGAUUCUGGUAGUCGGCCCCAAGCUUGUGUUCAGCUAUACACUGGCGCAGUCGCUCAUUCCAAUGUUUUCAAAAUACGUCUAG